AUGAAAACGUUUUUGUUGGCUGCGCUAGUUUCAGAAACUGGCGCUGGAAAACUUCCAUGCUCUGGCGAACGAAAAACCGGUCGCGUCCUCAAUCAUAUUACCCAUCAUCCAAAUGCCUGUUGUGGCCCAGCGCCCUACGAUAAGCUGACCAAAGGAUGUUGCGCCGUCGCCAACCGAGAUAUCCCAGUCGUCUUCAACAAAGGAAUCCAAGAUUGUUGUGGAGAACACAUCAUCGAUUUGGCUUCCCAGGGCUGCUGCAAAGGCGUAAGCCACGAUUUGGAAAGUCACGAUUGCUGCGAAGAUGGUAUCAGAGACGCUCGGGAGUUUCCUGGAUGCAGAUGCGAGUUUACCGAGUGGACUGAAUGGUCUUCUUGUGAUGCUACUCUCGGUGGAGGUUUCCAGGAGCGAGUUAGAGAAUUUCGUGUCAAGGAGGGAAUGAAGGGGACCAUUUGUCCGACGAUCCCGAAGUCAGAACGCUUGGUUGAACGAAGAGACGGAACUCCUGAUUGGUUCGAAGGCGGCCCUGGUCAAAGCUGUAUUCAGAAUUCUGCCUUCAGCUUGAGCAACGGUCUGAAAAACGCAGGAAUGUACAAAGAUUUGAUCGUUCUGCUCGACGAAAGUACUUCCAUCAAGGAAUCGAACUUCGAAUACGCGAAAGACCUGGUCUCCAACAUCGUCAAAUCCCUCUGCGGCGGCAUUGGCAAGUACUCCAAUCGCGUCUCCGUCGUCCGAUUUAGCGCUGACGUGAAAAUCGACAUCAACUUUGACGAAGAAAUGACUACAGAAGAUGUUGUUUCCAAAGUCAAGAGUUUUGUUUACAAACCAUUGGAAAAUGAUGAUUUCCGCGGUUCUACUUACACAGCCAGUGCGAUGAAAGAAGUGUACGAAAAGAUCAUUUCCAAAUCCAACGGAUGGAGAGAUGGCGUCGGUCCACCAGUCUGCUCAGGAGUGAUCAUCGAUGGAACAUGCUACUGGAUCCCAAGUGAAUACGCAACACCUGAACAGAUGGAGGAUGUCUGCGCUGCCUACCCUGGAGCCCGGCCGGCUGUUUUAGGGACGGUUUAA